ACAGUUUAGUUUGGGAUGAUUUCUCAACCGAUUGGCUUUAACUCGAUAGGAGUAAGUAAUAAUAACAAGUACGAAGGACGAAAGAUUUGAGAAAAAAAAAACUAGAGGACAAAACAUGUUACUACAAAACUGGUGGGUGUGAUCGAGUGAAAAAAGGUGAUGGACCAGGUUCUACUCUACGUGAACGCGUGUUUUGUAAACUGUGGUCGGCAGGUAUGAAAAUGUAGAUACGUAUGAUUAUUGAUUAACUAUGAUGAUGAUGGUUGGAUAUCUAAUCUAUAACUUGUGGGUCAACUAACAUUCUAUUCGAGUCUAGGUCCAGAGUUGUUGGAUCCACGGUUUUUUAUAUAAUAUUUUCAGCCCUAACUAUGUUUUGGAUAAUUCCAUAAUCACGGCAUAUAUUUUUUGUAUUUGUUGAAACGUUUCCUGUUAUAUAUUAAUUAUUAGAGCAUGAAUAUCGGUGUCCCUGGACCGAUAUCUUAGCCUUUUUGGGAUUUAAAUUAAAUGAAAAAGGCCUAAUAAUGCUUGGGACGAAAGAUGAAAGUCCCCGGUUAAGAACUUUUUUGGUCGUGUCCUUAGGAACACGUGGCAUCAAACAUUCACGUUUCUUUCUCUCUCUCGACGGAUCAACUUUUCUCCUUCUCUCGCGAAAGGUCGAUGACUCCGGCUCUCUCUGUUGUUUGUGGUGAGAAGAAAGAAGAACCUGACACCAAGGCUGUUGGAUCGUCGGCGGCAGGGGAUGAUGUAUCUUCUCCGGUGGAUGAUGUUCAGAAGAAGAUUCGACAUGCUGAGAGGUUUGGAGUUUCGGUGAAGCUAACCGAAGAGGAGAAGCACAAUUCUCGUGCUGAGAUGUUAGAUUAGGGUUACGAAAGGCGGUGGUGGCGCAGUCGUACGCAAGGAUCUUAAGGGAAGGGGAGAAUGUUUUGAUUAAUCAUAUGACGGGGAAGGAGUAUAGGCUUAAGGCGAUUGGUGAUGUCGGGCCUGUGGUUGAUGCUGGUGGUAUCAUUGCGUAUGCGAGGAAAGCUGGGAUGAUUCCUUCCGCAGCUGCUUGAUUGAUUUCUCUGUGUCAGGUAUGAGAGAUGAAGAUUGCUAAUUUUUGGAAUGUGAUUGAUUUCUUAUUGUCUACGGAGAUCUUCUUCAUCUCCAGAUCUCGAAUCGGUUUGUAUAUCUCUUCCCAUGUUUUGCUCUGUUUUGAGCUUUCUUCAGAUUCAAUCAUAUAUAUAGUUUAGUAUUCAAAUUUUUCGUGUUAGAUGGAUGGACUUAGAUUGGUUAAACUCGUAUCAUUACAUCAUCUUUAUAUCUCCCUUACAUAGUGGCUUCAAUGAAAAUGAUUUUUAUUUUUUUUUGAGAUUUGGCAAUGGUAGAGAGCUGUGUUAAUGUUUUAUGAACUUAAAGUUUCACACUUUUAAUUUGAAUUCAAACUUGUAUUUCAGGUUGGUGAAGCAAUGGUUCUUGAUGGGAUUGUAUCAUCACCAGUACGAAGGCCACACGCGCUAAAGAAGCAGUGGGAGGACUUGGGUAGCCAGAUUGAGAAUUUUGAUUGUUCCGAGUUCCCUACGAGAAUUGCUGGAGAGAUCAAAUCAUUCUCAACUGAAGGAUGGGUUGCUCCAAAGCUUUCCAAACGGAUGGACAAGUUCAUGCUCUAUCUUCUCACUGCUGGUAAGAAAGCUUUGGCUGAUGGUGGUGUAACUUCUGAUGAAGUAAUGGCUGAGUUUAACAAAGCCAAAUGUGGAGUUUUGAUUGGCUCUGCAAUGGGUGGCAUGAAGGUCUUCAAUGAUGCUAUUGUAAGCGCUGAAGAUCUCUUACAAGAAGAUGAAUCCUUUCUGUGUACCUUUCGCCACAACAAACAUGGGUUCUGCUAUGCUUUCUAUAAAUUUGUCUUAGGAUCUUUUUAUUACUUGUCAUACAAGUUUGUGUCAUGAACUCAACAAUUAAUUUACUAAGAGACAACUAAAAGUCCCACCA